AUGAAACCUCCUGGAUGGUCUUUGAAUGAUCUGCAUCAAUUUCAUCCUGACGAUGUAGAAGAAAUGGACAUUACGUGGCAGAUGGCUAUGGCUGCCUUCAGAGCACAUAAGUUUGCACAAAAGACUGGAAGAAACAAGUGGUUCGUGCAUAAGAGUUGGGGAUACAGGGAUUACAUAUGCUAUGAUGAAAACGAGUGGACAGUGAUCGAGCCAUUGCCUUUGUAUGGCUGGGGACGCGAUGCUGAUGGUGGAAGAUAUAUCAGUCUGAUAUUUGGCACCAAUCUCACUGAUGUUAUAAUCACUGGAAACAACGGGACGAUUAAUAGUCAAGGAAGCCCGUGGUGGGUGAAAUAUCGCGCAGGCCAGUUAAAGUACACCCGACCAUACUUGAUAGAACUCAUGUACUCAGACGGCAUUCAAAUAUCAAAUCUUACUUUGAUCGAUUCUCCUUCAUGGAACAUUCAUCCAAUAUAUAGCAGCAAUAUAAUCAUUCAGGGAAUUACAAUUCUUGCACCAGUUAAAUCUCCGAAUACUGAUGGAAUCAACCCCGAUUCUUGCACAAACACACGAAUCGAGGACUGUUACAUCGUGUACGGGGACGACUGUGUAGUCGUGAAGGGCGGUUGGGACGAGUACGGGAUCACGUAUGGUAUGCAACUGGUUCUUUCUUUAUGUGAACUGGCUCUAGAUGCUUUAAUUCACACGUCUUAA